AAGCCACCAGCCCUGGGAAGGAAGCGUUUUUUCGGGCGGGGGGGGGGGGGGAGGGAAGUUUCUCCGCCCGGGGCGGCUGCAGAACUUCCUCCUCCUCCUCUCCCUCCUCAUCUUCCUCCUCCUCCGCCCGGAGCCGCGCCCCGCGGCUGCUGAAGGGGGACGCAAGGGACACAGAGCUGCAGCGAUGCAGAGCAUCAAGUGCGUGGUGGUGGGUGACGGGGCGGUGGGGAAGACCUGCCUGCUCAUCUGCUACACCACCAAUGCCUUCCCCAAGGAGUACAUCCCCACUGUCUUCGACAACUACAGUGCCCAGAACACGGUGGAUGGCAGGACUAUAAACCUGAACCUGUGGGACACAGCCGGCCAGGAGGAGUACGACCGCCUCCGGACGCUUUCCUACCCCCAGACCAAUGUCUUCAUCAUCUGCUUCUCCAUCGCCAGCCCGCCCUCCUACGAGAAUGUCAAGCAUAAGUGGUACCCGGAGGUGUGCCACCACUGCCCCAGUGUGCCCAUCCUCCUUGUUGGCACCAAGAAGGAUCUGAGAAACAACGCUGAGACCAUGAAGCGGCUCAAGGAGCAGAACCAGGCGCCCAUCACCACCCAGCAAGGCAUCAGCCUCUCCAAGCAGAUCCGUGCUGUCAAGUACCUGGAGUGCUCGGCACUCAACCAGGAGGGCAUCAAGGAUGUCUUCACCGAGGCUGUGAGGGCUGUGCUCAACCCCAUCCCAGCCAAACCCAAGAAGCCCUGCGUGCUCUUAUGAUGGGGCUGCUGGUGACCAGCAAGAGACAAUCCUGCCCCUUGCCCUGGUGCUUCCAGACCCUCCUGCCCAUCCCAGCACCUCUUGAGCCUUGCUGCACCCCUAGGGAUGGUGGGAUGGGGGCCACCAGCCCGAAGCU